UCAUUUAAUCAUUUAAUACUCUCUGUUCUGGGAGCCACAAAAGUAAACGAAUUUCCCAUGUAAAAAGUUUAUAGUAAUAAGUUUUGAUUGAGCUUGUGAUGUGUUGGAAAACCAAAACUAAUUGUGACCUCAUCUGUCAUCUGUAACGUCUUUCUACACCGGCAUCGUUACAAGGAUAUAUUAUUGGUCCAAUAGUAAUAUCGCUCCUAAAUAUUUAAAAACAAGAGUACAAGAGUGCAUCAAGAGUACAAAUUUCAAUAUUUAUAUAUAAUCUUUUGGUGAAUGUUGGAGUCCAUUCGUUUUUCAUUGAUCGACGGUCAUACGGAAGCUAAUGUACAGUUGAUUGUGCCGCGCUAUGUGGAACGUGGUACCAGUGCGACACUGGAGUGUCUACACGAUGUGGAUCCCAGUGUACUAUUUAAGGUUUCCUGGUUUAGGGAAGAAAUGAAAUUCUUUGAAUAUGUGAGUGGCCGCAAGCCACCGUUUAAAAAUUUCACCUUGGAAGGAGCAACGAUUGAUCGUGGAAAUUCAAAUGCUUCCCAAGUGACGCUGGCCAAUGUCGAUUUCAAGCUGUCCGGCCAAUUUCAUUGCGAAGUAUCGAUGACAUCACCGCUGUAUACUAAAGCAUCUGGCGAGCAUUUAAUGAGUGUUUUUUUACCCCAAACUGGCCCACCGGUAAUUAGGUUUCGCAAACGAAGUCCAGUGGCUAUUGGUGAACGUCUAAUGGUUCUUUGCAAUACGACACGAGCUCGUCCACCACCGCACAUUACAUGGCUAAUCAACAACAAAAAGGUCGACGACAAAUUUAUACGCACCCAUCAUGUCUAUUCAAUCAGUGGCAAGACCCAUCGAAGGCCACCACCCGAACAAGAAUUCGAUAUACUGCAGGCUAAACAAAAGAAACAACAGCAUCAGCAACAAAAGCACAAUUUCGAUCCACAACAGCAACAAACUUCAUAUUAUCAACCCCCAUAUACUAUUUAUCAUCCGUAUCCAAUACCCCAUAUACCAGAUCGCUAUGACAAGAGUCGAAGUGGAAUAAGUCAUCACAGCCGUGGCAUAUCCAUUUACAACAAUCCCUUCAGUCCCCUGGCCAUCAUGCAUGACAUCGAUAUCGACGAUUACGAGAUCCAGCAGCAACAUCACGCGAACAACCACUACGACAAUAAACAUCACAUCGAGACGGUGAAAAAACAUUUUGACGGCAAGAAGCACAGCCGAAAUUCCCGCAAAUAUCGUCACGUACAUGACAAUCCGUUGGGCAUUAUACGCAACACAUUGAACAGUGGCGGCUUUGGUCCACAACCACCCAAUCUGAACAAUGAAUUGGGUAUUCCACCGAAUGCUGGACCGAUGAAUGCAUUUGCUGCCACCUACGGUAGCAGGCCAUUGUCACAUCCGGGCGGUGGUAGUGGCGUUGCAGCGGCUGCAGCUGCCGUUACAGAGGCUCAACAGGAGAAGGGAAUGUUUUCGGUCAGUCAGCUAAAUAUUGAAUUGACUGAAGAGCAUGUUUUGCCAAAUGGUAAAAUGGAAUUGACAUGUCUGGCGACAAUACCAUCGGCAGUUGGUCCCGGUGAAGAAUUUGCCGACUACAAGACAUACAGUAUAAAGGUUGAUGUUCAGCGCCUGGAAACGACAACAUUCUCCACAACAACACAAAGUAUAGGCAUGGCCGCAUUGGGCAAUGGCGUGACACCAUCAUCGGCAGCAUCAACGCACAGCAGAUACAGUUCUCAAAAGUUCAACCACAGUCUGUGGAUGCAGCUGUGUUUGGCAGUCAUCUUUACGCUGUGGUGCACGACACUGCGACAUUAAAGUGAUGGUGGUCAACAAACAACUAAACAAAAAAAUAAAUAAA